UAAUAUGAGGGACAUGACACAGAGAAGAGAAGACAUGGAGAGAAUCAAAGCUGAGGUGAUCCGACAUGUUAAAAACCAUCUGAACGAGGUGCUGGAUCGAGAGCUCACAGACUCGUUACAGUCUCUCUCCCAAAACACACACACUCACACCGAUGAAAAAGAAGCUGCAGCAACAGGUGAGAGAUUCUGUGAUACACAAACUGGAACAGGGAAGGUGUUUGUGGCCAGAUGGUCCCUGCUUGAUGAGCUGUUUGAGAUCAGUCACAUCCGGACGAUCUAUCACAUGUUCAUCGCGGCUCUCUGCCUGUUCGGCAUGAGCACUUUAGCAGUGGACUACGUCGACAAGGGCAGGCUGGUUCUGGACUUUGACUUGUUUGUUUACGCAUUCGGUCAGUUGAGUACGGUCACAUGGGCAUGGCUCCUGAUGUUCAUUUACACGCUCCUCGGGCCGUACCAUGUUGUGAGUGUUUGGGGUGGACUGUACCACAGCGCUGGAGUGCGCUGGAGGGCGUCUGCAUCGGUGGCGUCUGCACUAAUGCUGUGUGCCACGCAGCUGAGCAUGCUGGGAAUAUUUCCAGUGUAUGUAGUUCUGCAUUUCCAGCUCCCCCCGGCAUCACGAUUCAUCAUCAUAUUAGAACAGAUCAGAUUUGUGAUGAAGAGCUACUCAUUUAUCCGUGAAACGAUUCCCGCCAUUCUCAAUAACACACCACUGAACGGUGAACCGCUGCGUUAUCCGUCUCUCUCCAGCUAUCUGUACUUCCUGUUUUGCCCAACACUGAUCUAUCGUGAGGUGUAUCCACGAAACCCGAACGUCAGAUGGAACUACGUUGGCAUGAACUUUCUAAAGAUCUUGGGCAGUUUGUUCUAUCUGUACUUCAUCCUGGUGCGAUUGUGCAUCCCUGUGUUUAUGAACAAGAGCAACCAGCCGUUCAGCACACGCACACUCAUACUGGCGCUCUUCCAUGCUGUUUUUCCAGGUAUGCUGAUGUUAAUGUUGGGCUUUUACGCAUUUCUUCACUGUUGGCUCAACGCUUUCGCGGAGAUGCUGCGGUUUGCCGAUCGGAUGUUUUAUAAAGAUUGGUGGAACUCGACCUCUUUCGCUAAUUACUACCGCACGUGGAACGUCGUCGUGCACGACUGGCUUUUUUACUACGGAUACCGAGACUUCCUGAGGCUGUCGGGACAGAAGUUUCGUUCAGUGGCCACACUGUCAGUAUUCGCCGUGUCCGCAUUGGCUCAUGAAUACGCCUUCACUUUGGGCUUUGGAUUCUUCUACCCAGUGAUGUUCUGCACAUUCGCCGGUAUCGGUGUGGUGUUCAACUUUGCCAUGAACGACAAACGGAAGAGUCUGUGGAACAUCAUCAUGUGGACAUGUUUGUUCAUCGGUCAGGGCAUUCACGCUUGUCUCUACUGUCUGGAGUGGCACGCACAGAUACAGUGCCCACGCGACCGGACAAGCUUCCGGGAGCUGGUGAUACCGAGAUCCUGGACGUGUAUUUACCAGUGA